GAAUAAAAAGGGAGAGAGAAAAGACGAGGCCCUCUCCUAGCUCCUCCUCGCUUUGUGUUUCUUUUCUUGUAGAGCUUAAAAAGUUGCUUCCCCACCUCAUAUUCGUCUCUUUCCUUCUCCAAUCCCCUCUCUGCUUCACUUUCCCCUCUUCUCCAGUUGAUUUUUCAAAAGGGUUGUGAGAAAAAUUUGUUAUGGGGUGCUGUGAAUCCAUCUUUUUGACAGAAACCCACCCUGAAAAGGUUCAAACCCAGCAACCUCCGCCGCCGUAUGUGGAGCCGCCGCCUUCUAUUGGACCCAACACGACCCCCGGAGAUAUGGUUUCCAGUUUCUCCGAGUUUUCCUUAUCGGACCUUAAGGCUGCAACCGACAAUUUCAGCUCCAACUUCAUAGUCUCCGAGAGCGGCGAGAAGGCUCCGAACAUUGUGUAUAAGGGCCGACUUCAAAACCGGAAGUGGAUCGCUGUUAAGAAGUUCACGAAGGUGGCUUGGCCGGACGCCAAGCAAUUUGUGGAAGAGGCUUCGGGCGUUGGGAAGCUAAGGCAUCCAAGGUUUGCGAAUUUGAUAGGGUAUUGCUGCGAUGGUGAUGAGCGGCUGCUGGUUGCGGAGUUCAUGCCUAAUGAUACUCUUGCAAAGCAUUUGUUCCACUGGGAAAAUCAAACCAUUGAGUGGGCCAUGCGGUUGAGAGUUGCGUACUAUAUUGCUGAAGCUUUGGAAUAUUGUACCACUAAAGGCCGUGCAUUGUACCAUGACUUGAAUGCUUACAGAGUUCUUUUUGAUGAGGGUGGCGAUCCACGUCUUUCGUGUUUUGGAUUGAUGAAAAACAGUAGGGACGGUAAGAGUUACAGCACAAAUCUGGCCUACACACCACCUGAGUAUUUGAAAAAUGGAAGGGUAACCCCUGAAAGUGUUAUUUAUAGCUUUGGUACUGUUCUCUUGGAUCUUCUAAGUGGCAAGCACAUCCCUCCAAGUCAUGCACUCGAUCUGAUUCGAGGAAAGAACAUCAUUCUCUUAAUGGAUUCGCAUUUGGAAGGAAAAUUUUCUACAGAGGACGCAACCGUGGUGGUUAAUCUCGCUUCUCAGUGUUUACAAUAUGAACCGAGGGACCGACCUAACACAGAGGACCUCGUUUCGACCCUCGCUCCCCUGCAAACAAAACCCGAAGUUCCCUCUUAUGUCAUGCUUGGAAUAGAGAAGCAGGAGGAUGCUGCAAUAGCCCCUAUAGCCCCGAUAGCCCCGAUAACCCCGAUAACCCCACAACGUCCUUUAUCGUCGAUGGGUGAGGCCUGCUCGAGGAUAGAUCUCACUGCAAUUCAUCAAAUCUUGAUAAUGACACACUACCGAGACGAUGAAGGAACUAAUGAGCUAUCGUUUCAAGAGUGGACACAACAGAUGAGAGAUAUGUUGGAGGCAAGAAAGCGAGGGGAUUUUGCCUUCCGGGACAAAAACUUUAAAGCUGCUAUUGAUUGUUAUUCACAGUUCAUAGAUGUAGGAACAAUGGUAUCCCCGACCGUGUUUGCUCGACGAAGCCUGUGCUAUUUGUUGUGCGAUCAACCCGAUGCUGCACUUCGUGAUGCAAUGCAAGCACAAUGUGUAUAUCCAGAUUGGCCCACAGCCUUCUACAUGCAAUCAGUUGCUCUUGCAAAGCUGGAUAUGCAGAAAGAUGCGAUCGACAUGUUGAACGAAGCAGCUGCAUUGGAAGAGAAGAGGCAACGAGGUGGACGAUGAUCACGAUAAUGAACUAAACAUUGCUGUAAUUACGAGCAUUCGGGUGUCGUUUGUUGCUGAGGCUACCACAAUUUGUAUAAAGCACGAGCUGGUAAUUUUCUUACUUGGAUAAAGAAAAUGUGAACUACUUACAUUUAACUUGUUUGUUCAUGUCAAUUGUAGAGGAGCUUGUAAAUUCAAUCAAUUUAAACCAUCUCUAUGAAUAUGACCUUCUAGUUAGUUUGGUAGA